AGAUGGCAGUAAUGCUUCUGCAGUGUUAGUCACGGACGGAAGUCAGUGCUGCCUCACUGAGACUAGAACAGAGCUCAACAUACGGCCACACAGGUCUAUUUUUACAUUAAUCCAACCAGGUUUGCAUUGUCGCGAAAGUACUUUUCUUUCUGUUACUUUGGUAUUUCUAUUUACGUGCGAAGAUACGACGCAAGGACUGGAAACAACAGAAAGACGACUUGAGUUGUGAUCACAACCCAGCUUCCAGGAAAAAAAUCCCUAAAAAGAUCACCCCUUUCUUAUUCUGCCCUUUGAAGAAUGAGCUUUCUUUUUGGUAACCGCUCAUCCAAGACAUUCAAGCCCAAGAAGAAUAUCCCAGAGGGUUCCCAUCAGUAUGAGUUGUUGAAACAUGCAGAGGCAACGCUGGGGAGCGGAAACCUGCGCAUGGCAGUUAUGUUGCCUGAGGGUGAAGACUUGAACGAAUGGGUCGCAGUCAACACUGUAGAUUUCUUCAACCAGAUAAACAUGCUUUAUGGGACUGUCACAGAUUUCUGUACAGAGGAGAGCUGUCCAGUCAUGUCUGCUGGUCCUAAGUAUGAGUAUCACUGGGCUGAUGGAACUAACAUCAAGAAGCCAAUAAAAUGCUCAGCUCCUAAAUACAUAGAUUACCUCAUGACCUGGGUCCAAGAUCAACUUGACGACGAGACGCUCUUUCCUUCGAAGAUAGGUGUCCCUUUUAAGCGUAACUUUAUAACUGUGGCAAAGACCAUCCUGAAGCGCCUGUUCCGGGUGUAUGCUCACAUCUACCACCAGCACUUUGACUCUGUCAUGCAACUGCAAGAAGAAGCCCACCUAAACACCUCAUUCAAACACUUUAUCUUUUUUGUUCAGGAGUUCAACCUUAUUGACAGGAAAGAGCUGGCUCCACUACAAGAGCUGAUUGAAAAACUGACAACUAAGGAUAGAUAAACAUAUCUAUUUUUUUAUUUAAUUUUUUUUUUUUUUAUUUAACUGGUUUUCUUGUUUUGCACAGAUACCCCUUAACCCUGGUUGUAUGGAUGCAGUAUAACAUUUCCAUUUGGGGAAAUGUUUAACACAAGGCCAGGGAUGUAGGGAGAUUUAUUAAGGGUUAUGCACCAGGGGAGUCUAUCAGGGAUUAUAGUUAUCCAAGCUGUCUUGAAACAGAAUAGCAGAAUACUAAAACAUUAAUAACAACUAAUAACAUUAACUUUGUCAUAGACCUGAACACUAUUACUAUUAUUACUAUUAUUAUUUUAUUACAUUUUUUAUCAGACCACAUUUGAGAGAGUGUGCAUUGGUGCAGAUUCAGUUGCCCCUAAUUGUCAACAAGUGCCUAGCAGGGCUCACAUUUACUGUAUCUAAUAACCAAAAACUCAGAAGUGAAGAUGUUUAAAAUAGAUAAAAUGCUAAAUUUUGUAAGGGGCAAUGCAUCAAAGUUUCCAUAUUUUCCCUAAAACUUAAAAUGAAAUAAAUGUGCUUGCACAUUUGCGUUUUGAGAUGCCACUUUUCCCUAAAUCCCUUGAUUAUAACAGAGAUUGAAGUGUUCUGUGCACAUACUAACAGAUGAAUGUGACGACAUAUGAGGCUAGAGAAAGGCAGUUGAUAGGUGUGGGAGGUUACUUUAUAUUAAAAGGGGGGCAAUAUGAGCCUUUUUCUACACAAAAGGUCAAAAGACUUAAUAAAAAUAUACAUAUUUUUCCUUCCCAACACUACAAAAAAAAUAUAUACAGAGUGAUGUAACCGUGUAUCAAGAAAAAGAAACUUAAACUUACUCUAAAGCAGCGGAGUUUAGAAAGGGCCCUAAUAGAUAUUGUAUUGCAUUGAAAAUGAUUAUGCUGAUAUUUCUCUAGUCAUAAAGCACUUUUACCCAAUGACCUAAUUUAAUUGAAUGUUUAUUCUGCAUAGGCUAUAGUCUGAGACUGACCCUUGUUUUCCUUUGUGUUCCCUAUAGGAGUGUUUAAUUUAACUCGGCUAAUGGGCCUAAGAACAGUUUCUUGGAUCUGUGGCUGUCUUUUAAACAGCAAAAGCAUGUUAUUUCUUGCUUAAACAAUACUAUGCAAAAUUGGACAUGACACUAAAAGAGCCUUGGUUCACUUGUUUAUGCUGAAAGCUUCUUUUUUUUUUUACUUUUGAGUGAGCGUAUGAUGGCUUUUCUUUGAUGUUUUUUAUUUUUUUUACAUAUCACGGAUUUCUCUAAAACAGCGAACAUGAAGUGAAUUUAUUAUGUUGAAUGCUUUUGCUGGGUAGAUGCUGAUGCCACUUUCUUCUGGAGAUUACAUACUUUUAUGAAUGUUACUGCUUACCCAGUAUCCAAAUUGUGUCAUUCAAGCAUCUCAUUAUAUCCUGUUCUCUAAUUUUCUUAUAAUCCUAACUGCAAGGUUUGUAAAUAUGGCUUAGUAAAACUUUUCAAUUACUAGAUUUAAUUAUGGUGUUGACAAGACGAAUAAAAGUGGUCUUGACUUGA